UGGAUUUUGGUUCUGGGACUUCUUCUCACAGUGACAUAGCUGUAGAUGUAAAUCUUCAAGAUGUUCGAGUUGAAGAAUCGCCCAGCACCUCUCUUCAGCCAGAAACACAGAACUUUGAUUCCAUUUUUGAGUAUGAAAACUAUCGCAAAGAAAUUUGGCCUUUCUUACCUGAUAACAUAAUUCUUCCAAGAGCUUGGUGUCUGCGAGAUGUAUACCACUUAGAUGGAGUUUACAUAUCUCUGUCUGAUUGUAACCUGGUGGCCUCCUAUACUGGUCCCGGGAAAGAUGAUAAGGAUGCUGCCUGUGUGAAAACUAAAAAUUCUAUAUCGCCGUCUUGCGGAAUUUACUACUAUGAAGUUACCAUCAUAAGUAGUGGGCGGGAUGGAUUUAUAGGGAUCGGCUUAUGUACUAAAGAGAUGACGUACUCUUGCUUGCCGGGUUGGGUCGAAGAUUCUUUUGGCUAUCACGGAGACGAUGGCAACUGUUUUCAGAAAUCCGGAAAGGAAGGAAACAAAUAUGGUCCGAGUUUUGCAACUGGAGAUGUGAUUGGUUGCUGUUUGAAUUUUAUAGACCAAACGUGCUUUUUCACUAAAAAUGGAGUCCACUUAGGCAUUGCUUUUUCGAACAUCUCAUUUGAUGAAAAACGUCCUUAUUUUCCUUGCGUUGGCAUGCGCACUCCCGGAGAAGUUGUGAAGGCGAACUUUGGUCAAUACCGUUUUGUAUUCGACUUUGCUUCUUAUAUUUUUGAGGCUAAACGGAAACUUGCUGAGGAGAUUGGUCAGCUUCCGCUCUCACGUUAUAUAAAUAUGCUCAUUCCUUCUGAUGCUCCUGGAGAAUCACGCAAAAGCGAGCAAGAGCAGACCCCAGCUGACUUGGAGGAUUCAACGCGUGUUAAAAAACGACGUGAUGACCACGUGUUUGGCGAGGACAGUGAGGACGAGUUGCUGGGGAAGAAAGACUCGAUAGAAACCAGCAAAACACACAGCAAUGCUAUUUGCGGAGGCGAAGAAGACGUUGAAAAGUCGAGGAUCAUAAAAACAACGACGCAAAUGAAGAUCCUUAACUCGUGGCCCUCUGCUCUUAACCAUGUAGUUGCUUCCUAUUUAGUUCAUUACGGUUAUGGCCAAACCGCCAGUGUUUUUACUAAAGAAGCUAAUGUUCAGGUCAAAGAAAAAGCAGAAUCUAUGAAACAGCGAAUGUUGAUUAGUGAUGCUAUUUUGAUUGGCGAUAUGGACAAAGUAUUUGACUUGCUCGAUAGUUUUUUCCCAGCCGUUUUGCCACGUUAUCCCGCUCUUCAUUUUCGUUUGAAACUGCAAAAGUUUAUAGAAAUGGUUGCAGCGGGGAGCGCAAAUACAGAAAGUGGAAGCUUAUCGAGUGUGUUUGAGUACGGCCGCGAACUAAAACUUGCCUGCGACACGAAGUUCAACAAUGAAAAGAACACUAGUUUACUGGAGGAAGCCUUCAGUUUAUUAGCGGACAAAGACCCGUAUGAAGGGCCGGCGGCCAGACUACUUUCCCUGCAAUAUAAGGAAGUUUUGGCGGACGACACGUGCUGCUGCAUACUGGAAUCCCAAAAUCUUCCAGCCCGUCCGGCUUUGGAGUCGAUCGUCCGCCAACUCAAAAUUUGCUUGGAUCAAAUGCGAGCAAAUAAGGUGCCUUCAGGCUCUUUAUUUGUUCUUUCGGAUUUUAUAUAAGUUUCCAA